AUGGUGGAUUUCAUGAAACUGGUAGCAGAGCAAAAAACUGAUCUCGUCACUUUGUUGAAUAUCUCAAAAACCUUCGAAGGACGUACAAUGUAUGGUGUCAAGAUUUCGUCCUCUAAUGAGUUCAAACCUGCGAUAUUCGUUGAUGCCGGAAUUCAUGCACGUGAAUGGAUCGCACCGGCUGUCGCGCUGUAUAUGAUCAAGAGGCACAAUUCUCAAUUAUUCAGCUGGUCACUGGGUUGUACGGGCACUGAUCCGACAAUCACGCGAAGUGUUGAUAAAUUCGAUUGGUACAUCGUACCAGAGGCGAAUCCAGAUGGGUACGAGUAUAGCCGGAUAUCGGACCGACUUUGGCGUAAAACACGUUCACGCAAUAUCACUGUGAAUAAAUGGUGUGUUGGUGCCGAUGCGAAUCGUAACUGGGGACAUCGAUGGGGUGAAGCAGGAGCGAAUCGCUCGCCUUGCUCGAACAUCUAUGCCGGUAGUCGGCCGUUCUCCGAACCGGAAAUUGUUGGUAAGUAG